AUGAAAACUUCCUUAGCAUCAACCUCAGUCCUUCUCUUACUUAGCCUAGCAGCUUCCAACCAUGUCCCAUGGCUUCUUCUCUUGCUACUAGCAACUCUCUCAAUCUCCCUCCUCCUCUUUCUUCCUGCAUGGCUUGGGCGAGGUGGGCUCGCAUGGGCUCCGACUAGAGCCCGAACCCAGCUUGCUUCUCUAAUCCCACCUGGCCCGUCCGGUUGGCCUCUCCUUGGCUCCAUCCCAUCUAUGGGCCCGCUCGCCCACCGAAACCUUGAUUCCAUGUCAACCCACCACAACGCCAGACGCCUAAUGGCGCUCAGCCUAGGCGCCACCCCGGUGGUCAUCAGUACCGACCCGACAACCGCGCGUGAAAUCCUUUUCGGGCCGGCUUUCUCCGACCGGCCCAUAAAAGCCUCAGCUCGUUUGCUCAUGUUCGAGCGGGCCAUCGGGUUCGCCCCCGCCGGAGACUACUGGCGCCAUCUUCGCCGGAUCGCCGCCACACACAUGUUCUCUCCACGUCGCAUCGCCGUGCUCGAAGGAGUCCGGCGGCAGGCGGUGGAUAACAUGGUGGCUCAAGUGCAGCUCAGGAUGGACACAGGAGGUCAAAUGGUUGUAAGGGAGGUGCUGGAGAAGGGGUCACUGGAGAAUGUGAUGGGAAGCUUGUUUGGGUUUAGGGUUCCGGCGAGGGAAGUGGAGUUGCUGGCGGAGAUGGUGAGGGAAGGAUAUGAGUUACUAGGGAGGUUUAGCUGGGAAGACCAUUUUCCUUUAGGAGCUCUUCUGGACUUCUAUGGGGUGGCGAGAAGGUGCAAGCAUUUGGCUUCCAGAGUUCAAGUUGUUAUAAGUAAAAUAAUGGAAGAUAGGAGAAGAGAAGAAGAGCUUCAUCAAGAUGACUUUCUUGGAGUUCUUCUUGGCUUGCCUAAGGAGGAGAGUCUCUCUGAUGGAGAUAUCAUAGCAGUGCUUUGGGAAAUGAUUUUCCGAGGCACGGAUGUUGUUGCCAUACUAAUGGAAUGGAUCAUGGCCCGAGUGGUACUUCAUCCAGCAGUCCAGGCUAAGGCCCAACAAGAACUUCAUAGCAUAGUGGGCAAUCGGCCCGUUAAUGAUUCGGAUGUUCCGAAGCUUUGUUUUUUGCAGGCCGUAGUCAAGGAGACCCUCCGAAUGCACCCGCCCGGCCCACUCUUAUCAUGGGCACGACUAGCGGUCCAUGAUGUCCACGUUGGAAAAUAUUUUGUGCCCUCGGGGACUACCGCUAUGGUGAAUAUGUGGGCUAUAGCUCAUGACCCGAAGAUUUGGAAGGACCCAUGGGUUUUUAGACCCGAACGGUUUCUUGAAGAGGAGGUGAAUAUAAUGGGAUCAGAUUUGAGACUCGCUCCUUUUGGGGCUGGUCGACGGGUUUGCCCUGGUCGGGUCUUGGGUUUGACAACAGUUCACUUGUGGUUGGCUCGGUUUCUUCAAGAGUAUACUUGGGUUGCCGCAAGGCCCGUGCAACUCGUUGAGUGUCUCAGACUUUCUCUUGAGAUGAAGAAGCCAUUGAUUGUAGGAGCCAUAUUACGUUAG